ACGGGAGCGGUUCUUUUAGGACCGCUGUCCAAGCCCCUCACAGCGGCGGGGGACGGCGCGGGGAGUGUGGCGGCCGGGCGGGGCACAGCGCCCAGAGCAGCCGGCUCUUGCUGCGAAGCAGUUCAGGCGUCCCCCAGCUCCGGCCGUUCUGCCACGGGAGUUCCCCUUCCUCAGAAGCAGUGGAGUUGCGGCUAAUGCAAAGGGUCAUAAUGGUUUCCAUCCCCGAAUACUAUGAAGGAAAGAAUGUCCUCCUGACAGGAGCUACAGGCUUCAUGGGAAAAGUGCUUCUGGAAAAGUUGCUCAGAUCUUGUCCUAAAGUGAAGGCAGUAUAUGUAUUGGUAAGACACAAAGCAGGACAGACACCUGAAGCACGAAUAGAAGAAAUUACGAGCUGUAAGCUCUUUGACAGGUUGAGAGACGAGCAACCAGACUUCAGAGAAAAAAUAAUAGUAAUUACAAGUGAACUUACACAGCCAGAACUGGACCUUAAUGAACCAAUUAAGGAAAAACUUAUUGAAUGCAUUAAUAUUAUAUUUCAUUGUGCUGCUACAGUGAGAUUCAAUGAAACAUUAAGAGAUGCUGUUCAGCUCAAUGUGACUGCCACACAAGAGCUCCUCUUCUUGGCACAACGAAUGAAGAAUCUGGAAGUGUUCAUGCAUGUUUCAACUGCCUAUGCAUACUGCAAUCGAAAACAGAUUGAGGAAAUAUUUUAUCCACCUCCUGUUGAUCCCAGGAAACUGAUAGAUUCUCUUGAGUGGAUGGAUGAUGGCCUGGUGAAUGACAUUACUCCUAAACUGAUAGGUGACAGACCUAAUACUUACACAUAUACAAAAGCCUUAGCUGAAUAUAUAGUACAACAAGAAGGUGCAAAAUUAAACACAGCCAUUAUAAGGCCGUCUAUUGUUGGUGCUAGCUGGAAGGAGCCUUUUCCCGGAUGGAUUGAUAACUUCAAUGGACCUAGCGGGCUCUUCAUUGCUGCAGGAAAAGGAAUUCUUCGAACAAUGAGAGCUUCCAACAAUGCAGUAGCAGAUCUUGUUCCAGUAGAUGUUGUUGUCAAUACGACACUGGCUGCUGCCUGGUAUUCUGGAGUUAAUAGGUAUAACAGACCAAGAAAUGUCAUGAUAUAUAACUGUACAACAGGUGGCACCAAUCCUUUCCACUGGGGUGAAGUUGGAUACCACAUUAAUUUGAAUUUCAAGAUAAAUCCGUUAGAAAAUGCAGUAAGGCGCCCUAACUGUAGUUUGCAGUCCAACCCUGUUUUGUUUCAAUAUUGGACUACAGUCAGCCAUACGGUGCCUGCGUAUGUGCAUGAUCUUUUGCUCAGAUUGACAGGUCAUAAACCAUGGAUGAUGAAAACAAUAACACGUCUUCAUAAGGCCAUGAUGUUAUUAGAAUACUUUACAAGCAAUUCUUGGAUCUGGAAUACUGAAAACAUGACUAUGCUGAUGAACCAGCUAAAUCCCGAAGAUAGAAAGACCUUUAAUUUUGAUGUUCGACAACUUCAUUGGGCAGAAUACAUGGAAAACUACUGCAUGGGAACAAAGAAAUAUGUGCUGAAUGAGGAAAUGUCUGGCCUCCCUGCAGCCAGGAAACACUUGAAUAAGUUAAGGAAUAUACGCUAUGGCUUCAAUACAGUUCUCGUGAUCCUCAUCUGGCGUAUCUUCAUUGCAAGAUCACAAAUGGCAAGAAAUAUCUGGUACUUUGUGGUUAGUCUGUGUUACAAGUUCCUCUCCUACUUCAGAGCCUCCAGUACUAUGAGAUACUGAAGAAGAUGAUAAUUUAGCAUUAGGACAUCUAUGCAUAUGGUGGUCUAACUGCACAAAGCCUGUAACAUGUAGUCAUCUCACAUUUUGUAAAAGCAUAAUUUCAUCUUAAGUUGGAGUGUGAAAUACACAGUAUGGUAUAUGUAAUGUUAGCUGUAUAUCUUCCUGGAAACAGAGAAAAUAAAAUGGUCAUGUGCCAGGUUGAAUUGGCAUUAGACGAAGCAUUUAAUUAACUUCAACUCUUUUUGAGCUGGGGAAAACAUUUUAGGCCACUGACCACCGUAACUGUGCAAUUUGAACGUGUUUGAUUUGGAAUCUGCCUUAAUAUGAUUUUUUUCUUGUAAGUUUUACUCCACAUUAAGCAAGAUAAAUACCAGCUUGGUUGUUGCUAGUUGCUGUAGACAUAUUUAUUUUAAGUUCUUCCAAGAUACAAAGGGUUUUGCAAGUUCUAAAGCGUAAAAAUGAUGGUGGAUGUUCUGAAGGAAAUUAUUUGAAGACUUCUGUCUUUACUUUUUGCCACUUCUUCCCUUCUCAUCAAAGUAGAGAUGCAAAAAUAGUGCCUACUUUGCUUCAAAAAGAAAAAAAAAUCCAAACCAGCUUUCCUUAACUACUGAAAGGCCUUUUGUCAUAUCUGGUCUUCAGAAUGCACUUAUUCAUUCCGUUCUGUGCAUGAAACUGGCUGUAUCCAACUUGUGUUUAUGUCAACAUGAACAAUUCUCUGAAAGCAGAAUUGAUCCUAUCAUUGAAUAGACAAAAGGAAAUGUAACCUUGAGGGAGGCAAAAAUAAAGUCAUUGACCAUCCUCUUCUUUUUUAAUUGGAUUUUUGUUGGGAACGUAGAGCCAGCACUUGAUUGUUACACUUCAGACUUCAAAAUGUAAAUGUAUUUGAAAGGAAUUUAUGAUGCUUAGUUUCUGUUUAUGUUACUGGCAAUAGUAGUUGGACAAACUAUAGGCUUUCACUGAGAUAUACCUGAUUUUAAAUUCUAAGCAAAGUUAGCAAAUAUGUCAUGAAUUAAUAAUUUUAAUCUCUGAGAUGUGAAAUCUGAUGUGUGGACAACACCAGUGUGUAAGCACACUUGCUUAUCCCUGCCCCAAUAAAACUUAAUUUAACUGGGCAAGCAGAGCAAGGUGUACCUUGCUUCAAAAUGAAAUUCUUCUGUCCAUCUUUAACGUAAAUAACUAGGUUAAAUCUGAAGAAAUCUGGGGUUUUUUUGCAUGUUACUUUGUUUCAAUAGGUAAAAUAUUUGUAAAAAUAGCACACUGUAAGAAAAGAUUGGGUCUCUGUUUCAGGCAGUACAUGAAGAUCUCUUUAAAUUUUUGUUGCACAGAACUCUGAGAACACUGUAAUGUUCCUCUAAUUGAUGCACUGACCAGCACUCUUGCCCAGUGUUUGUUCAUUAAAGUCAGUUUAUACUGAUGAAUAUAUUCUUGAAUCUGCUUGGAAAGGCAAAUGAUGACUUAAUUACAGAAGAGCUACAUUAUACUUGCCCGUGGUAGUUUUUUGUCCUAUUUUAAGUAUGUAAAGAACUUAUUUUGCUAUUCUUGUGAAAACUCUUACUUUAUAGAGAACACCUUUCGUGCAGGUGUAUAUCUCAUUUUGAAAAGAUAAUGGCUUCCUUGUUGAAGCUGAAUAUUCUGUAGUAAGUAGUUUAAGCUGUAAUUCCUUUUCAAAAUUGCCUGUGUAUAUAUUAAGCUAGUGAUGAAAAGCCUGAAUGGUCUAGGACCACACCUUGUGUGAGAGACCUCUGUGGCUGAAAACAAAUUACAGCUUCUGUGAUUGAAGAUACUACACUUUAACAAAUGCAUUAGGUGUAUGACAUUUUUAGUUGCCUCCCCACUUGUCUUUAGACCUGAAAGUAUGCUUAAGAGUUCCUGCAUUGUAGGCUUUUUUCAGAGGUGCCUACUGUCCAAUGACACCCCUUGUUACAUGUUGGCAUGUGGCUAAAGUUUGUGUAAGAAAAAUACUUCGUAUUCUGAAAGUGAUUCUGUCAAGCAAUUCACUUAAGAAUUUGGUUCUUCAAUACAUGGUAUUUUAAAUGUUUGUUAAUACUGAAAACUAUGAAGCCAGUGAACUGAUUAUUUCUGGUCCAAAACACUGCUUAGAAAUCUAAUCUUUUGAAUAAAUGAUGGAGAAAAAGAUGACUUAGAACAUAAGGCUAUUUAACUUCUUUAAAUAUUUGCCAAUUUAGAAACCCAAAUUCUUUCUCAUCUUUGGAGAUGAUGGAUUCUGUGCACUCAUCAGUCAUCCUAUUUAACUGACAAUAGAUUUAGCGUCAUGUUUAGUUUUGUCACUUCUUAUGGUCAGUCUGUGAGAUUCUACCUGAACCUACUGUGGUUUUUUUCCAUAUCAGAACCUAAUUCUCUUGCAGUUCUUUGUACCAGUGUUUGCACAUAACAGAUGUUGAUGAGAAUAUACCAGAACUCUUAUUUUGAUACAGUAAGCUAGACUCACUGUACUGACUAGUAAGUUCCAGGAGGUAUUCCAGUUGGUUAAAUAGGAAGAGUGGUCAGAAACAACACAAUCACUUAACAGUUAGUGGUAUUUAAAUUUGGGACCAGGAAAAAAAGUUACAUUUUCCUGUAAUGUUUUUCUGAUGUAGGAACAGAUGUUUGGAAGCAAAUGCUAAAUCUGUGACCUUUUAUAAGACAUAAACAGAAAUAUUGGGUGCCUUUGUUUGUAAACCAAAAAUAAACAAAUCCCUUGAAA